AUGAGAACUCCAAGGAAUAUUAUAUUUGUUUUGAUCAUCGUUCCUUGCGGUUGGAUCUUAGAGCUGACAAGCACAGUAGCGCCAAACUGGCGCACCAUCCAUAAUAUCACAGGACAACCCCCCGAUCUUGCAUUGCAUCAGGGAAUAUGGGACAUUUGUAGAUCUUUUACAGCAUCAAGGGAUGUUAUUUGUAACCACGAGGAUAUCGAAUACUUCAAUAACCAAAUCAUUGAGAUCGCGCGGAGGAUGAUGGCGGCAUCUCUGAUUGUGACUCUGAUUGGUCUUUCUGUGGCGACGAUUGGAACCCACUGCUGGACCGACGAACCGAGAUGCAUGGUAGCGAGUCUUGGUGGUCUUCUCAUCUUUUGCUCCGGAGUUCUGGCCAUAAUUCCUGUGGCAUGGUACCAUUAUAUAUUGCCUGACAUCAAUUCCCCUUCCACCGACAUUCGUGUGGGAUAUUGCAUAAUUCUGGGCUACACGGGAGGUAUAACCGAAGUUCUUGGCGGAUUGAUAAUGAUCAGUGGAAUAUACCGAUGCUAUGCCGCAUUGAACCGGGGAGACAGAGCCGAAACCUCCACGGAACAGUCCAGUACAUAUUCAGUGCGUAAGACCGUCAUACCAAGCGUGAGUAUAAACAAAAGCCGCAGAAGUAGUUUCCCAAAUUCUGUAGAAUCACUCAAAGAAGAAAUCGACUUCCGACGAGCGAAGAGGCCGAUCUCUAUAUCAUACUCCCUGUGA